AUGUCUCCUAUGCAUUUCAAGAAGGGAGAUCUUCUAAUAUACUAUGAAAAGAGAAGAGAACGUGAAAAAUGCAACUGGCACAUCCAUGUUAGCUCAGGAGAAUCACGGCAGAAGUUGGAUGCUGGAAGAUCUAGACAGACUCUUAAUCCCAAACCCCAAACAUUCCUCCACAAGUCAAAACUGGGUCAUACCAGUGCCACACAUUUUUCAACUGCUAUUAAAACUCAAAAAGAGGACAGGACGAUUGAUGUUCGGGAACCUGCAACACCAUUUGUUUCAAUGGCAGAAAUGAUGAACAGGUUCCAAUCAAGUACCAGAGACUUGCCGCUGCCGCAUGCUAAUGGUUCUCUCUCACACAUGAAGCCUAAACUCACCUUAACAAGACCAAAGGAGCCAGAAUUUGAGACAUCACAGCGUGUGCGCUCCAGUUAGAGUGAAGAGAGUACUGCUGAGCUGGAAGAAGAGAUGAUGGCCAAAAUUCCAAAGUUUAAGGC